UGUUUGACCGUGAAAUAUCAAUAAAAAUAAAUAAAACAUCACCUUUGGUAAAAGGCAAUUAAAAGGAUAUUGAACACACAUAUGGAAGGGGUUGUUGAAUGAAUCCUACUAAAAUUGGAAAUUGUGUAUACAAGAACAAAGAAUCACCCACCUGUUUUACUCCUUGCUAAUACCUUGUGAAUUUAAUUUUGUGAAAUACGUAGAACGCACUUCGCUUACUUCGAUUUUUCAAAAGAAAAACUUUGACAUCGAAAUAACCAGAAAAUUGCUGUCAAUAGCGUAGCAGUAUCCAAUAAGUGCACACGUCCCUGGGUGAACCGAGUCCUACAGUAAGGGCGUUGGUGACCACGGUCACGGCACUGUUGUGGUCACAGCAACGCGUCGUUGUUGUUUAUAAUUUUCAAACAAAUCAAUUACCACCAAAUAGCCAACAAGAGUGUUGACGUGAAUUUUCAUUUGCAGAUUAAAGUCCUGCAAGAAAAGUGCUAAAACUAUAAAUAAAUUUAUAAACGAAAAAUAUUUGCUCUUAGCUGUUAUAUUUCAUUUUAAAUCCAGUUGAAAGAAGAAAUAAAAUACUUGAGAAUGGAUCACAGUCCGUCAAACGCUACUUUGCCGGGUAAGCGCCAGCAUCCGUCUACAAUGCAGCGUAAAAAAUCCGGCCCCAAAUUUGAGCUUUCCGAAGCACAAAAAGCCGACAUUAAGGAGGCUUUCGAUCUAUUCGAUACGGAGUGUACCGGUUUUAUAGAGGUCAAGGAGCUGAAGGUUGCAAUUCGCGCGCUUGGUUUUGAGCCGAAGAAAGAGGAAAUCAAACGAAUGAUUGCCGAAAUCGAUAAAGAUGGCACUGGACGCAUAUCAUUCAAUGACUUCCUACAACUAAUGACCAUGAAAAUGGCUGAGAAGGACACCAAGGAGGAAAUAUUGAAAGCAUUUCGCCUGUUCGAUGACGACGAUACUGGUUCGAUUUCCUUUAAAAAUCUAAAACGCGUUGCACGCGAAUUGGGCGAAACGCUGACUGAUGAAGAGUUGCGUGAAAUGAUUGAUGAAGCUGAUUUAGAUCAUGAUGGUGUGGUGAAUCAGGAUGAAUUUUUGCGCAUCAUGAAAAAGACAAGUCUAUAUUAGUUGUAUGUUUGUGGUUGUAGCGUGGCAUCAAAUUGUGCUGUGCGUUGUUUAUAAUGGUCAUAAUGACUAGGCGGAAGGGUAUACUAUGUGUUUUAUUCUAUUUUUAAUUUUUGGUUCUGUAUAUUAAAUAUUUCACAAUUUGUAUUUUAUUUCCACAAAUCUGAAAUCUUUAUGUUAUCAUGAUUUAAUUUUAACUUAUAAGGAAGGAUGCCAUUCAUACGUACAAAUAAUAUAAUAAUAACUUUGAAAUAGCUCUGCUGGACUUACAUCUACAUAUAUACAAAACUAUUACUAAGUGUUUUUUCUUAUUGCUUUGUUAAAAUGCUUUAUUUCUCUAUUAAAUAUGAACUUGUGCAUAUUGCAGAUGAUUGAGAAA